AUGAGAGACGCUGUGGUGAGUGAGAGGGAGAGGGACACAGAGAAUGAGAGGGAGGGAGAUGAGAGACGUGGUGAAGAAUUGUGGGCUGUGCAGAAAUACCGAUCGCAUAGGAAACAUUUGCUAGCUCGUGAAGCGGAAGCUGUAAGCUGGAGCCAGAGAUGGCAAACAUAUGGUGGUGGAGGAGGAGGAGGAGGAGGUGGUGGUGGUGGCGGUGGAAGCAAGAAUAUUAUGAGCCCUUGGGUGGUUGCGCGGCCUACCAUGGGCUUCCCUCCCAUGAGACCGUUGCAACAUCUCAGACCUUUACAUGUUUGGGGUCAUCCCUCUAUGGAUCCAUCCUUAAUCCAAAUCUGGCCCAAACAUCUACUCCUUUCCCCAUCACCACCACCACCACCGGCAGCUCCAUGGGCCCACCCAACCACACAUCCUUCUCCACCAAGACCACUGCUUGACUCAUCAUUUUGGCACUUACACUACCAAAGGCAUAAGGUUCCAAAUUCUCUUACACCGGGAACACCUUGCUUUCCGCCACCACUGCCAACUACAAGAUUUGGCACUCCAACGGUCCCCGGGAUUCCACCCAAUGAUGCCAUGUACAGGCUCAACCCUGGCAUUGGUGUCCCUCCCAGACUAACAGGUCCUCACCCUCCAUUCAAUUUUCACCCGUCGAAAGAGAGCAUUGAUGCAGCUAUUGGAGAUGCUUUAUCAAAGCCAUGGCUGCCACUUCCUCUUGGACUAAAACCUCCAUCUCUUGAUAGUGUAUUGGGGGAACUACAACUUCAUGGAAUUCCCAAGAUACCACUCAAUUGUGCUUGAAAUCCUAAAAAUAAUUUGGUCAUUUCAAAUCAUAAAUAACCCUAAAUUUGACGA